UCGGUGUGGGAAAAAGUUGUCUGACUCUGCUGUUUAAAACGACACUACCAAAAAUAUAUAUAUUUAUUUGCUCUGUAGCUCACUUGAUCUUACUUUUGCCUGUUUGCAAUAUAUAGGCCUAUAUUUAUUUUAAUCAGAAGUUUUUUAUAAACAUAGCAACUGUGCGACUUCGUAGUUCUACACUGAACUUGGAAAAAAAUGAAGGAAGAAAUCGCGGCCACUGUUUUCUUUGUCACGAGACUAGCAAAGAAACACGGAAGAUUGGACCGACGCCGCAGAGAGAAAUUCGCAGUGGAGCUCACUUCAGUGCUCUUUGACCAUUACAAAAGUCAUUGGUACCCGAACAAUCCUUCCAAAGGCCAGGCCUUCCGGUGUCUGCGUAUGAACAAGGCCCAGCUGAAGGACCCAAUAGUGGAGCGAGCCUGCAGCCAGAGCAAUAUUGAGCACGACGACUUGGGGCUGCCGAAGGAGAUCACAAUAUGGGUGGAUCCCGGUGAAGUAUCCUGCAGGUACGGAGAGAAGACCACCCCGUUUUGUGUGGCUCAGCUGGAGGGCAGGGGAGAGCGGGGUGAAUUCUCGCGCAAGAUUGACAGUGCAGUGGAUAGGGCCUCCUCUGACUACCAUUCAGGGACGUCCUCUGAUGAGGAGACGGGCAUCUGCAACAGCAGCAUCAACAGCAGCAUCAGCAGCAGUGUCAGCAGUGGGGUCAGCAGCUGCAGCAGCUCCAUCCUGGAGCCCAAGACCAUCCCCACAGUCAGCAACCCCAACAGCGUGUACCAGGCAAAUGAGUUUGCUCCCCCUCCACUGCAACCCUGGGGCCAGUUUCAGAAGAGGAAGGCCUACUCUGGAGACGGCUACCAGCAACAACAGUCCACAGCAGGAUACUACCCACAGCACAAGUCUUUUAAAAAUUAUAGGCCUUUUUCAGGACCACGUAUGGACCGGUACCACUGGGUCAGCAAAAGUCGCUCGUGAGUGCAUUCUGGCCCAUUUUGCUCUGCUCCUAUUGUUUUGAAAGCUUUAAAUAUGAAAUUAUUUAUGUAACAUGGAAAAUCCUUGUUUUUAAAGAUUCAUAGUGUUUUAAUAAACUGUGUUUUUAUGUUGUCUUUUAAAUCUAAACGUGAUUAAACCCUGAAAAGAUAAAAUAAAAUAUUACGUUUUAA